AUGGUAGAAAGCGACGCAGGUAGAGAAGAAGAAGAGGGGGAACAGAACGAGGCGCAUUUAUCGGAUGGCGAAUCCAGCGACGGGAGUUUUGGCCCCGCCCCGUUGGAGGCCUCCAGUCCGAAUGGGGCGGCAGCGCAGGAGGGAGAGUUAACCGAUGAGGAAGGAAAUGUAACCAAUGAAGAAGGAGAUGGAACCGCCGAUGAAAACGCUGACACGAGGGCACAUCCGAACCCCCGCACGCCAAACAAGCGACAAGGCAAACCGGCCAUGAGGAGCGCGAAGAAAAAACGAAUAAACAAUGACAUAUAUUUGCAGAACCUACCAACGAACAAGAACUACCAAGUGAGUUACAUGCACACGGACGUGGUGACACACGUCCUCGUCAGUAAUAAGAAAAAGUACAUAAUAACUGGAAGCGCAAAUGGAGUUAUAAAGUUCUGGUAUAAAAAUGUAGGGUCCAUAGAAUUUGUGAAGCAUUUUAAAAUUCACUUAAGUGAAAUAAUUUGUUUGUUCCUUUCGGAAGAUGAAGAAGUGAUGGGGAGUCUAUCCAAAGACAAGACGUAUAAACAGUUCGAUGUGAGUAGCUUUGACAUGAACAUUAUAAUAAAGUUAGACUUUUCUCCUCAGACGGGGGAAUUUGUGUACUCCUCUCUCUUCUCUCCUUCUGUGAAGGUAGCCAUUUCGUCUAGCGAAAAACCGUGCAUAUAUAUUUACAAGCCUUUGGAGAGUGACGUCUGCACACAGGUAAUCAACUUCAGUUCCAAUGUUAUCGAAAUUAUUAGGUACAACAAGGAGUAUGACUUGUGUGUGCUGAGCGAUAAUAGUGGCCUCAUCGAUAUUGUGGAUGUUGACACGUUUCACUUCCCCAAGGGGGGUACCCACAAGGGGGGUAACACCCAUCCGCCAAGGGGUAGACCCAAUCGGGACAGCCAAAGGGGAGACAAUAAUGACGAUAGUGAUGACGAUGGUGACACCCCCGCGUAUGUAAAAAGGCACCAUUUGACGAAGAAGCAACUCAGAUUUUCCUUCAAAAGUGAAACGGACCUAUACGAACUGUGCAAAUACAAAACGUACGCCCUAUGUGUGAGCAUAAGUCCAGACGGAGAGUUCAUGGCCAUCCUGUCGGAAAAUUACUUUCUACUCAUCUACAAAUUUGGCACCAUGAAGUUGUAUCGAAUCUAUGACGAAAGUACAGAGAUGUAUUUAACUGCCCAAAAUGACCCCCUAAAAAAGGAACUACACAUUGAUAGCCUAGACUUUGGAAAAAGACUCUUCAUAGAAAAGGAAAUAAAAAAACACAUAAAAAAUAAAAACAUAAAAUUGAAUAUGAUCACAUUUGAUGAGUCCAAUCAGUACAUUAUUUAUUCCACCUUCAUCGGAAUUAAGGUCGUCAAUUUUGUUACGAACCAAUUGUGUUACAUCAUUGGGAAGAAUGAAAUGAAUCUGAGGUACCUAUCCCUUGGCCUUUAUCAGAAAAUUAUUUCAGCCAAUAAAACUAGGGCAAAUAUUCACGCGUCACUCUACAUCAAUGAGGAGAAUAUAUCUGACUGUGCUCUCUUCUGUACUGUUUAUAAAAAGGCGCGUUUUUACGUGUUUACCAAAAAGGCCAUAUCCGAACAGGAGCUGGACGACAGAGAUAUUUACAACGAACAGCCUAGCAAAAAUGACCUGGACUCUUUCAUCUCCUCACCCAUUAAAAAGGUAGAGGAUAACAACAGAACGUAUAAAAGUGCAAUAAUUUAUACCACCCUUGGCGAAAUACACAUUGCUCUUUUCCACAAAGAGUGCAAAAAAACGGUUGAAAAUUUUUCUAUUCAUUCAACAAAUGGCUACUACAAUAACUGCAUAUUCCAUCGCGUUAUUAAAAAUUUUAUGAUACAAACUGGAGACCCCUUGGGAGAUGGCACUGGUGGGGAAAGCAUUUGGGGAAAGGAAUUUGAAGACGAAUUUUUUGACCAUCUGAACCACUCCAAACCGUUUAUGGUGUCCAUGGCUAAUUGUGGACCCAAUACCAAUGGCUCCCAGUUUUUUAUUACCACUGUUCCGUGCCCUUGGCUCGACUUCAAACACACCGUCUUUGGAAAAGUCACCCAGGGGACCAAGGUCGUCUUAGACAUAGAGAAAGUGCGCACGGAUAAAAGGGACAAGCCCCUCGAGGAUAUCAAAAUUUUGAACAUCAAAAUGUGCCACUAA